AAAUAUAAUAUUAGCUGAGAACAGAAAUAUAUAGUUGGAUGUUGCAUUAUUACUGUAUCACUACUGAUCUGCAGGCUUGUUGAGAGUAACCAAAAGGUCCAGGUAUUUCUUGGUGAAUAUUUUUAAUGCAGAGGUUAUUUAGAGCAAGAAGGAACCAGAAUUAAAAGACUCCUGUGAGACAGCGCCAUCUAGUGCUUUGAGGAGUGCACUAUAAAAAUCUUCAAUUUCAUGCAGCUCUUGACUAAUCCACGUAUUAAUGGAAAAGAAAUAAAAACCAAACAAAAAAAUAAUAAUACAUUCAAAAAACAACAACAACAAAAUCUAACCUAUUCUUUGAACUCUAUUUGACCUCUUCCUCGCUUGUUUCAGGAAACUUCCACCUUCUGCUGUUUUCAUCAUCAAGUGAAUUCCAUAACUCACAGCUGUUAUAAAAACAAAGAAGGUAAAGCAACCCUACAGCAGAGUCAGACAUGGCGAGUGUUACUGUGACAUCCUGUUGGAAGAGUCUUCUGCUGGUGGCACUUAUGGGUGUACCAGGUUUGGGGACCAAGGUGCAGAUUUCUUGGACUGGCAGGGUGACAGCUGGUUCCCCCACUACUUUCACAUGCUCAUCUAAUUGUUUUCCAAACUGCAUCUACACCUGGUCCUUUAAGGCCAGCACAGUCAAUGGGAGCACAUUAACUUGGACACCAGAUGGACUGGAUGAUACAGUGAAACUGCACUGCACUGUCUUCAAUCCACAAACAGGAGUCUACACAAGUACUGACACCAUUGUAGAAAUUACAAAUCAAAUGUCUGUACAGGUCAGUCCGCUGAACACUGUCCCAUCUCUCAACCAGUCAUUAAAUCUCAUCUGCCAUGAUGCCAGAUUUGGUGAUCCACAAGGUCUAUCAGACCUGGUCUGGUAUAAAGAUGGACAAGAGGUGACCCUGCGUGAAAAUAUGUGGCUUCAGCAAAACAACCUCACACUUCACUUUGACUCACUGCUGCCUUCUGAUGCUGGUUUCUACCAGUGUCAAACUUAUCUGCCUACAUCACAGACAAGAGUUGUCAGCCUGGGCUAUCUGCUCAGCUAUGAUCAGUGGAACGUCAGCAUUAGUGGACCUGACACUGUGUUUCCUGGUCAGUUAAGUGAGUUCACCUGCCUGACCAGCUGCACCUUAAAUGUGGAAUGUACCGUCACGUGGGAGUUCAGGGGAGGUUUCCCUGUUGGAACCUACUUUUCCAUCAAUAAAAAUGUGGUCAAGUGGACUCCUUCACUACCUGGGACUUUUCAAAACUUCACCUGCGUUGCAAAGAAUAACACCGCUGGACGUUCUGCUGAGGCCACCAAGAUGGUAGAAGUUAAAGAUAUCCCAAUCUCUGGAUCAGAGGCGAUGCAGCUCAGUGGACUCUUUGCAGGAAUUCUCAGUCUGGGACUGUGGGUCCUCUAGGGUUGGGCUCUAAGAACAGUUUACUUAUUUUCACUUUAAGGAGACUCUUCACCCCAGUAUCAACUUUAUGCCCAAAUAAAUAGAUAACUACACCAUGGAUUAUCAUAGCCCAAUUACAACA